ACUCUCGUUACGCGGGCACGUGAACCUCGGUGACCGUCUUCUCCUCUCCGUCCUCCUCCUCUUGCAACUCCUCCUACUCCUCCCACUUCCCCGCUGCAGCAGGAAGCCCCUAACCCAACUGACACUGGCACGACCGCGCACGGUGUCAUCUGCACAAGUUUAUCCCGCUCCCGCGCCUCCCCUAAGGCGUUGGACCCAUCGCCGCCUCCUCUUUGAUUUUUUGGCAAAGUUGCAUCGCGCGACAUAGUUUCUUCGCCCCUGCCACCUCUCUGUGGCUCCCGAGUGCCCCGCCACCCCGCAGCCUGCUCCCGGGGCUGCGCCCUAGUGCCCCUGCUGGGCAGUGGCGUCCCCCCCUUCCUCGCGUGCCCAGCCCCUGCCGCUCCGAGCAGACGAUGCUCAAGAUGCUCUCCUUCAAGCUGCUGCUGCUGGCCGUGGCUCUGGGCUUCUUUGAAGGAGAUGCUAAGUUUGGGGAAAGAAGCGAAGGGAGCGGAGCCAGGAGGAGAAGGUGCCUCAAUGGGAACCCCCCGAAGCGCCUGAAAAGGAGAGACAGGCGGAUGAUGUCCCAGCUGGAGCUGCUGAGUGGCGGAGAGGUGCUGUGUGGUGGCUUCUACCCGCGGCUGUCCUGCUGCCCGCGGAGUGACAGCCCGGGGCUGGGGCGCCUGGAGAACAAGAUAUUUUCUGUUACCAACAACACCGAAUGUGGGAAGUUACUGGAGGAAAUCAAAUGUGCACUUUGUUCUCCAUAUUCUCAGAGCCUGUUCCACUCACCUGAGAGAGACGUCUUGGAAAGAGACCUAGUACUUCCCCUGCUCUGCAAAGACUAUUGCAAAGAAUUCUUUUAUACUUGCCGGGGCCAUAUUCCAGGUUUCCUUCAAACAACUGCGGAUGAGUUUUGCUUUUACUAUGCCAAAAAAGAUGGUGGGUCGUGCUUUCCAGAUUUUCCAAGAAAACAAGUCCGAGGGCCGGCAUCCAACUACUUGAAUCAGAUGGAAGAAUAUGACAAAGUGGACGAGAUCAACAGAAAGCACAAACACAACUGCUUCUGUAUUCAGGAGGUUGUGAGUGGGCUACGGCAGCCUGUUGGUGCCCUGCACAGUGGGGACGGCUCGCACCGUCUCUUCAUUCUGGAAAAAGAAGGCUAUGUGAAGAUAUUUACACCUGAAGGAGAAAUUUUCAAGGAGCCUUACUUGGACAUUCACAAACUUGUUCAAAGUGGAAUAAAGGGAGGAGAUGAAAGAGGACUGCUAAGCCUUGCAUUCCAUCCCAAUUACAAGAAAAAUGGAAAGCUCUACGUGUCUUAUACCACCAACCAAGAACGGUGGGCUAUCGGGCCUCAUGACCACAUUCUUCGGGUUGUGGAGUACACAGUAUCCAGGAAAAACCCCCACCAAGUUGAUCCAAGAACAGCCAGAGUGUUUCUCGAAGUUGCAGAACUCCACCGGAAGCAUCUGGGUGGACAGCUGCUCUUCGGCCCUGAUGGCUUUUUGUACAUCAUUCUCGGUGAUGGGAUGAUCACACUGGAUGAUAUGGAAGAGAUGGAUGGGUUAAGUGAUUUCACAGGCUCGGUGCUCCGGCUGGACGUGGACACAGACAUGUGCAGCGUGCCAUACUCCAUCCCGAGGAGCAACCCGCACUUCAACAGCACCAACCAGCCCCCCGAAGUGUUUGCCCAUGGGCUCCAUGACCCAGGCAGAUGUGCCGUGGACCGACAGCCCACUGAUAUAAACAUCAAUUUAACCAUACUUUGUUCAGACUCCAAUGGAAAAAACAGAUCAUCAGCCAGAAUCCUCCAAAUCAUAAAGGGGAAAGAUUAUGAAAGUGAGCCAUCACUUUUAGAGUUCAAACCAUUCAGCAAUGGCCCUUUGGUUGGUGGAUUUGUUUACCGAGGCUGCCAGUCUGAAAGACUAUAUGGAAGCUAUGUGUUUGGCGAUCGUAAUGGGAAUUUCUUAACUCUCCAACAAAGUCCUGUGACCAAGCAAUGGCAAGAAAAACCACUCUGUCUUGGCACUAGUGGUUCCUGUAGAGGCUACUUUUCGGGUCACAUCUUGGGAUUUGGAGAAGAUGAAUUAGGUGAAGUUUACAUAUUAUCAAGCAGCAAAAGUAUGACUCAGACUCACAAUGGAAAACUCUACAAAAUCGUAGAUCCCAAAAGGCCUUUAAUGCCUGAGGAAUGCAGAGCCACAGUCCAGCCUGCGCAGACGCUGACCUCGGAGUGCUCCCGGCUCUGUCGGAAUGGCUACUGUACCCCCACCGGCAAGUGCUGCUGCAGUCCAGGCUGGGAGGGGGACUUCUGCAGAAUCGCAAAAUGUGAGCCAGCAUGUCGUCAUGGAGGUGUCUGUGUUAGACCGAACAAGUGCCUCUGCAAAAAAGGCUAUCUUGGUCCUCAAUGUGAACAGGUGGACAGAAACAUCCGCAGAGUGACCAGGGCAGGUAUUCUUGAUCAGAUCAUUGACAUGACAUCUUAUUUGCUGGAUCUAACAAGUUACAUUGUAUAGUUCAUGGGACUGUUUGAAUAUUCCUUUCCAACGGGCAUUUAUUUUCUAUCCUGUCAUUAAAAAGAAAGACUGUUAUCCUGCUACACACUCCUGUGAUUUCAUUUUUCUUUUAUUAACUUAAAAGUAAUUUCCAGAAAUGUGCAGAUCCUCUGUGUGUACGCUGGCACGUUUGUUCACAUAUGCACGUACACACACACACACUCAUAACCCCUACACCUUUCGUUGCAUAACAGAUGGGUUUUAAAAACAUAUAUAUACUUCCUUGUGUGGAGUAAUUUACACAGAAAUUCCAUUGUAAAAUGAUAACGGAAUUUUUAUGUCACCAGAAGAGAUUAUUUGACUUUCCAGGAAUUUUCUGUCUGUAAUAACUACAGUCAACUUUAAUGGAGUUUUGAAACAUCGCUGUGCAGUCUGAUGGCUCUAAUAAAAAAGAGGCAAUAUUUUUAUAUUAAAGGACUAUAAUAUGAGAGAACAUUUCAGAACUCCCUGAUGAAUUACCAAAUGAGCAACUUGAUAUAAAACUGUAAUCUUCCUUUUUAUCCAUGUAUCUGAUUACAAAAUGUUAUACACUUACCUUUUUAUUGGCAGAGAAAUCUGGUUACUCCAGCUUAAUCUCAAGAUUGUUUUCACAUGUUUUAUAAUUAAAUCAUAACAGCAUAGUUUAAAAUCAAUCUUCCUAAAAGGUCUGCUUUUAUUAUAUAUUUUAUUUAACAAUAGGCACUGGGUUUGUGUUACAUAUUUAUAUUUUUCAUUUUAUUUUUAUAAUAUAGACAUCACCUAGAUGAAACACCUUUACCCUGUCCUGUAAAAUACUAAAGUUACAUUUUUCACCAACUUAAUUGGAAAGAAGGGGAGUGAGAAAGCAAACAGUCUUUAAUGUGCUGUGGAUCUAAUCUAGCAAUGUGUCCUUGUGCCAACAUGUAAUCAUUAACGACGGAUGAAAAAGCAAGAAAACAGCCAGUUCUUAUAAAAUUCCAGCAUUAAACAUUUGUAAAAUGCUUUUCACCAUAGCAAAAUUGUCAGAGUAUAUGUGAUUAGAAUGUUGCAGAUUUCAGUGAAUUGAACCUCACUGGAGAAGCGUUCACUUGUUUUUAACAAAUCUUGGCUAUGUCAGCUUGUACACAUUUUUAAUAUAAGCAAUUCUUGCCGAAUAUGACUUUUAAUGUAUAUGUUCCUUCAGAACUCAAUGAAAAUACUCUCUGGUUAAUGUGUCAAUAAAUUUUCUGUAAGUGUUCGGUUCAGGUUUUUAAGGAAACAAUAUGUUCUAACUUCAAACUGAAAGGAUUCUGGUAGACACUUUCCUUGAUGGUUUUUGAGGUCAGCUCUCUGCAUUUGGGUUUUGAACAAAAUUAUAAGGCCUCUUUGCACUACUGAAAAAACACCUCUACUCAUGACAAACACACGCCCCCUCUAGUUGUUCUUCUGUAAACAUCUAUUCCUCUAGAAUCUAAAUUGUAGAGUAGUAUAGAUUAGGCAGCGUUAGUCGAUUUCCAAUCCUCCUUCUUACCUUUAGGAAUAUUAGCCUUCAUUUAAGAAAAAGGAGAAAAAAAAAAAAAAACUUGUGGCUAGUACUUCUCUAUUGUUUUAAAGUGAGAGAUUUGCAAUUAAACCACAGUGAGGAUUUAUAUAGAAACCACAAUGUCAAAAGAUUGGUUAAGUACACUGCUCUUGUCUUCCAUAUAUGAUUACUUAAGUUCCAAGUGACCUCAUGCCGAAUGGAAAUGGGUUGAGAAAUCCUGGUUCAGUGCUUAGUGAACAAUAGCCUGCAUUAAAAAGUGCAUGCAUAAUUUUGCACAAUUUAGAUUCAAUUGACAGUCUAUUCAAAGAAGUCUCGGGAUUAAAUGAGCAUGGAGACCAAUUUGCCCUCUUACCCCAGUAAAGGGGUGGUCCCUUCUAGUCACACCAACACUUCAUUGGCCCAACAGUGUGACAAAUCUUGCAAUGAACCAUGCAGUAGCCUGCAUCUGUAGGUUAAUAGCAAUCUUUUGUCUCCAUUGCUUUCUCUCCAUAGCGCUUUUACUGAAUUCCAUCACAGAAAGUUUUACAAUUAAAAAAAAAAAAAAAAUGUCCUGACAACCAUUUUUGUAAAUGGACCUUACCAUCUAAUCAUCCCUUAUUCAACGUGGGUGACAUUAACAAAAUGUGAACUUCUUGUGAGGGAGCCAGCUGUCUAAAUCUGUCAAAUUGUGCAGUUUUAUUACACAUUCUCCCGUUCAUAGUUUCACUGAAAACAAUAAGGAUACUGCUAUAUAUUCAGCAAAAUCUGAAAAAAAAAAUCAAGUGUCUCUUUUUACAUCUUUAAUCUUUCCAUCUCUUCCCACAAAGAAAAGGUAUUCUAUUGCCAUUCGUUCUACUAUUUUAAAAUAUCUAUAUUAAAUUGACCAGACCCAGAUUUUUUAUAUAGCUCUUUCCCAAGUGAAAAAGUUUCAAGUGACUUAGAAAAACAUAUGUACCCCAGGUGCCAUUCAUUCCUUGGUCUAUUGUGAGUUGUUAGAAUAAAAGACGAAAUUCUUCUAAAAAAAAGAUAGUGAGAUCCAUGGAUAUUAAACCCAAGCAAAGAAAGUCAAGUCGUUGGUGUCCUUUCUCUCUGUUCUUAGGAGAAAGUAGAUAGUAACAGCUAAUUGAUGGCUACAUAUUUCAAACGAAGUGGUCCAUUCGAAAGGUCUAUUUACCCUUUUCUUUCAAGUAGAUUUUUAAAAAUGCAUGACGGGGGAAUUAUCUUCAGUGAUUCAUGAUGAGAGGCAGGUAGGAAUUGGUCAAGUAGGAGUUGGGAAAAAGUGAUUGUUUCCUCACAUGAAAGGUAGCAUCUACUCAGUUCAGAAAGCACACAAUCUAAAAUGAAAGAAAAAUGUUCUUGGUAUGGCUGUGGAUGUGUAAGGUAAAAAUGAAAUAAAGAAAUAGAAAAAUGUAUAUGAUUAUCCCUUUGUCCACUCUAGAGCUUAAGCUUUGGGUAUCAACUGAAUGUGAAAUGAGGUAACAGUAGUUUUAGAGUUGGAAAUGACCUUUCUACCACUGUUUCUACCAAAUUCAUCCUGGCUCACAGAACCUUGCAUUCUUCCAGUUAUUUAGGGUACAGAAGAGAAAACUCAAUUAGUAGAUCAUUAAAGGCAAAGAAAGAUAGAUUUAAGAACUUCACUGAUGACAACAAUGUUUCCCUCUAUAUUUUUUCUUCUUGAUAUUUUAUUUUAAUAUAGUUAUUGUAAAACAGUUUUUUUUUUAUUAUCAAGAAUUCUUAGGUGAUUUUUAACAUGGGCUGUCACAUAAGGGAAGAUCAAAGAAACCUACACAAAUAGCAUAUAGAAACAACCUGAAUAGAGAACUGUUUUCUUUUUCAUUUACAUGUCUUGGAGCAGUCAC